AUGGCUAGCUGCAGCUUGGCAUCAGCUGCUUCAGGAUUUGUGUUGACUCCUAAUGUCGCAGUCAAUACGAACUCAACUUCUAAGUCCAACAUGGUGUUUUUCUCUUCAAAGAACAACAACUGUUCAAGGCUUGUUGUUAGGGCAGCCGAGGAGGGUGCAGCACCACCUGCUGCCACCACAGAAACAGCAGCUGCUCCAAAACCUAAGCCACCACCAAUUGGACCCAAGAGAGGAACCAAGGUGAAGAUUCUGAGGAAGGAAUCCUACUGGUUCAAUGGGGUUGGAUCUGUAGUAGCUGUUGAUCAGGACCCCAACACCCGCUACCCAGUGGUGGUUCGAUUCAACAAGGUUAAUUAUGCAAAUGUAUCUACAAACAACUAUGCCUUGGAUGAAAUCGAAGAACAAUGGUGGGGAGUUGUGACUGGGGAUGUACUGACAGGAAAGGAAAAAGAAAACCCAGAAGAAAAUAUCUACUCGCAAAAUGAUGACUACAUUAUGAUUUCCCAAGCACAAUCUAAAUGA